UUGGGCCUAGCCGAUGAUCAAUCCAAUAACUGACAAAAUUUCGCCGAGUCAUUUCCGACGUCGUUUCGAGCUUCUUCCACCCUCAUUCCUUCAAAUUUGAAAUUUUAUUCGCGCUCUUGCGAUUUGAUUUGUCUCCAUUCCCAAUCUCUAUCGUUCUCUCAGAGUCAUAUACUGAGUGAGACUUGGUGCGAUGCAGUAAAGUGAGUAAUGGUAGUGCGCUUCAGGUGAAGAUGUCGACGGUGGAGAAGCUGCUAGUUCAGAUCUUCGAGCGGAAGAAUUCGAUCAUCGAGCAGGUGAAGCAACAGACUGAUUUGUACAGCCAGCACCUCGCUUCCAAACUCCUCAUUGAAGGAAUUACUCCUCCUCCUUGGCUCUGGAACACUUCUCUAUCCUCGAAUCUCAAAGAGUUGAACAAAGAUGAACUGAUUUCUGAGAUUUUACUUCCCCGUGCUUGGCCUUCAGCAUAUUAUCCCAAUUCCCGUUACUCCAUCUAUAAUACGACAGGAGUCACAGGUGAUAAUGGAGAGCUAUCAGAUGGGGUUUUUGUGGAAACUUACGCAUCCAGUAAAGAUCUUCAUGCUGGAGAGGGGCCAAGCAGCAGAGCUGUUUACCAUGAUAACAACACUGAAGACGUUCUUAAAUCAAUUCCUGAGCUGGAUGUAAGGGUUACCUUGCCCCAAGAUGAGACAGAUACAAGAGCUGAAAGCACUUCAGAUGCUCCAGAUCAGUCGCUGGCUAAAAUUCAAAGGUCUAAAUCCAGACAAAAGGCUCUGAAGCUUCGUAAUAGUGCAAAUACAAAAGCUAGGAGCCAAUCAAGCAUCAAGUGUAGAUAUGAUGUCACCUCUAUUGGGAUUGAUUUUUCUGCUUCUGUGUCUGAACAAGUUAGUGAGUCAUACAAAUUUCCUGAGGCUUCUAUGCUUGUUAGUGGAGGCAAUGGGCUCCCAGCUGAAAGAAGUUGUCCAAAUCAGGAAAAUCGGAAUGAUAAUUAUACUGGUAGAGUUACGAGGUCUUCAAGUUGUUCUAUAAAAAGGAACUGCAUGAGUGACUAUAGUAAAGCUGACAACUAUUCUGACAUAGCUGAGAAUGUCAUGUCAAGUCAAAAGAAUAUGCAUGCUGUUGCUUCAAAUGGUAUAAAUAUGUCUAUGUUGCUUUUUGAACAAGAAAAUCUUGUUAACAAGUCACCAAAAAUAUCUGAACCUUGUAUGAUUAAUACUGAACCUUAUGCAGUUCAGGAGUCAAGUGAAGGUGAUCAUCAAAAGCUUGAAAAGGGGGUGGAUGUAUUCACUGGCGGAGUUACAAGGUCUAGAAGUUCUGCCAAGCAACAGAAUUAUGUGUAUGAUUCUUUUGAAGUGAAUAGCUCUUCUGAUAUAGCUAAUAAGAAUUGUGGUGGUCAAGCACAGCCCACAGUUGAUUUGCCAAAUCAAUCGGUGAAGGUGGUAAACUUGUCUGAUAUUACUGAUAAAACGGGUCAGGAUGUAUGCAAUGCAACAGUUAGAGGUUCCAGUGCUAAGAAGAAAAAGUUAACUGGCAUUUAUUCCGGUAGGACCACAAGAUCUAUGAGUUCUACCCAAAAGUGUUCUAUCACCAGUGAAACUUUACAGGUGGAUGCAUCCACUUACUCAGCCAAGGUAAAUAGCAACAUAAUUGCUCAAACUUCUAGGGAAACAUUGGAGAAGCUUGUUGAUACUAAGAAGCAUUUGGAAUUGGUUCAGCCUUCUAUUUACUUUGACAAUAGAAGUUCAAAGCCACAAUGUUGUUCUGGUAAUGAAGUCAUAACAAAUCUUGAUAAAAUAUCUAGUAUUGCUCGUGCAAGUGGUUCCGGGACCAAGUCUGCUGCUUUACAGAAGUCAUCAUGUGAAAAUCAGGACAUUCAGAAUGCAUCACAUGAUAAUAUUAUCUUGACAGGUCCUGAAAAAUGUGAUGCUGAUAACCAGCUGGGAAAUGCUGAAGCUGAUUCAUUGAAGUCUCACAUUCCCCAAUCUAGUCCCAGUGAAACCAAUGGAAGAAUAGGUUCAGAACGUCUAGUUCCAGAAUUGCCUUCUGAUUGCUCUAUGCUAGUGAAGCCAAAGCAACUCAACUUUGAUGACAUGGAAGAGUGUAACUUGAAUGAGUACACCCAUUGUACUUCUGGAGACGAAAACUUGGACAUAGCAAUCAAAGAAAUAGGUUGUACUCCAAUAGAUCAUUUCUCACUGAAAGAAAAGCUAUCUUCUAGCAGUUCUCAUACUAUAUUUUCAGAGAAACAAUCCACCCUGGAGCAAGAUAUUUAUAGCAAGUCAAAUAGACUUUCAAGCUGUCGUGUUGAAUUCACCACUCAAGAGCCUGACAGAUCAAAGAUAGACGCAUCAGACACAGAAGUGCAUGCUUCAAAAAGUAGCUUAGAUGAUCCAGAGGCUUUGCAGUGUUUUGAAAAUUCCAACAUUUCACCUGAAGAAGAUGUUAUGCUGGCAAGUACUUUUAAUAAUUCUGAUGCAAAUCACCAUCAUAUGAAGCUUAGUCCAAUAGAAAGAUCAAACUCCUUAAUAGAGCCAUACGUAGAAGUGGGAGUUUCUGGAUUUAAAAGGUGUGAUGAAGGUACAGCUGCCUCAUGUGCUGGCAAGAGUAAAACUAUGGUGACACCUUGCAGCACAAGUUUGACUAAUAGGACAACUGGAGAUUAUAAAAAAUGUUUGGCGAAGGAAGUUGCAAAUGAAGAUCCAAUUACCAGUUCAUUUGCUGCUGGAGGACAGGCUUACAUUCAAGGGGCUGGAGUUGAUGAUGAGAAUUUCAGUCUUGAAUCAAAGGAAAUUCAAAUUGCUAUGAAUUCCUCUUUACUUGAAAGAAAAUUCAGAUCUACUAAGGUUAGUUCUUGGCCGCAAGUGAAGAGGAGAAAGCUUGAAGAUCAACAAAGCAAUUGUUUUUCUGCUUCUCGGAAUUCCCAGACACCAAGACUUUGCAACAUAAAAAUGGCCAGUGGAAGCAUAGAUCUGCAUAGCAUUGAAGGACAAGCAGGAGUUGUAUUGAAAGAGGAUGCUUCUGGAGAUAACAUUAUUAGUGAACUGUGCCCAAUUAUGGACUCCUGUGUACCAGAAGGACUGGAUUUGACUUUAAUUGCUUCUCAUGACUGCAUGGUUGAGGAAACAGGCAGAGGAGAUCCUGUUGACUUAAUGUUUGAUGCGGAUGGUUGCUACAAGCCAAAUGAACAAGAAGAUGCUGCUACUACUUCCAAUGCCGGAAUACUUCAGGUGUCGAGUGAAAGUAAAGGAACAGUUGGUGAUUUUUGUGAUUCCAUAGCUGAGGUAAAAGAUAGAGAUGUUCCAGAAGAUCCUGGUGACUCAAUGUUUGAUACAGCUGGUUGCUACAAGACAAAUGAACAAGCAGAUGCUGCUACUAUUUCAAAUGAUGGAAUACUCCAGGUCCUGAGUGAAAGUAAAGAAACAGUUGGUGAUUUUUGUGAUUCCAUAAUUGGGGUAAAAGGGAGAAAUGUUCCUGCAGAUCCUGGUGACUUAACGUUUGAUACAGAUGGUUGGUACAAGCGAAAUGAACAAUCAGAUGCUGCUACUAUUUCCAAUGAUGGGAUACUUCAGGUCUCGAGUGAAAGUAAAGAAACAGUUGGUAAUUUUUGUGAUUCCAUAAUUGAGGUAAAAGGCAGAGAUGUUCCAGCUGGCCCUAAUUUUGAUUCAUGUGAGUAUUCCAAUGAACAGAAUUUCCAAACUGCAUCAAUGCUUGAGAACAAUAUUAGUUUAGUAAAUAAUGAGAGCUUAUGUACAGGGAGCAUAGUUCUAAAAAGUAGCUCUCAUAUGUUGGAAGACAGCCUUUAUCCACAUUCUUUAGUUCAUUCUUCACAUGAUGAAGUAGAGUCUACUGGUAUUGAUGAUUCUAUGCCCGUUUUUGAGGGUUUUGUCAUUGAUCCCCCUGGUGCAGAUGGAGAACUGGAUAUUGCUGGAGUUGGAAUCAACUUUGAAGCCCUGGACCUUCCAACCACUACAAUUGAACGUGCUAGCAUCCUGGAGCAGAUAUGCAGAUCUGCUAGCACACACAAAUCAUUGUCCCAUUUGUCAUCUGCUCUCAACUUACACAGGUCACACACCUUGUAUCAGUCUCUACCUGAAGGUCUUGAGCACAUGGACUUUAGAAGCACCUCACUUUUCAGUGAGGAUAUUGACAAACAGUCUAGAGCUAGUACCAGUUGUGAUGAGGAGGAAGUCGGGUAUUCUGCUCAAGGGAUAUCUUAUCCAGAUUGUUUAGGUUAUUCUGGUGCCAAGUUCAGGUGGAAAUCCGGAAGUCCAUAUGCAUCUCCUGUUGGAAAGUUAUGGGAAAGAACCUCAUUUCAUUCUGGCAGCUCAGAGAAACAAUUGAACUCAAACCCAGAGCUUACUUGUUUCCCAAUCAAGGAGGACUCCACUAUUAGUGAGGAAAAUGAGAAUGUGGAUAAAUUGGCUGAUGAAAUCCAAGAUGAUAUUGAUUCCUUAGUGGGAAAUAGUCAUGCCAAAAGACAACCACUUUUUGAUGUAACUGCUGAAGCUUGUUUGAAUGCUCCUGCAUCAGUCUCUGCUGCAGAGAAGGUUCAAGCUGGUGGUAGAAUGGACUCUGCUAAAUCUGAUGUUGGCUUCAGUGGGACACGUAAUAAAGCCAAAAGGAAACUUCCAAGCCACUGUAGAAAUACUAGUGUCGGAAAGGAAAACCAAUCACUAUGUGCAACCGGAAAGAAAAAAGAGAAGCACUCACAUAUAGAUGGGUCCAGGAAGCCGAAUUUAUCAGCUGCUACUAGUUUGAGGAGAAAUGAGCAGAAGCUUUCGGAGAAAGGGUAUAAUAGACAUAACAACAUUAUUUCAAAUGUUACUUCAUUUAUACCACUCGUCCAACAAAAACAAGCAGCUACUAUGUGUACAGGAAAGAAAGAUAUAAAGGUCAAGGCUCUGGAGGCAGCUGAGGCUGCAAAACGUCUUGAAGAGAAAAAAGAGAUUGAACGGAAGAAGAGGAAAGAAGAAAUGAAGCUUAAGAGAGCACAACUGGAGCAAGAGAAUUUGAGACAGUUGGAAUUAAACAAGCAAAAGAAAGAAGAGGAAAGAAAGAAAAAAGAUGCUGCAGUCUUAGCAAAGAAAAGGGCUAGGGCUGAAGAAGAGAAAAAUGACAAGGAGAAGAAAAGAAAGCGAAUUGAAGAAUUACGGAGGCAACAAAAUGACCAGGAGGAAAAAUUGCGUGCAAGGAAAUUAGAGAUAGAAAAGAAGUGUUCUGCUAUUGAUGAAAAAGCAAUCAGCAUGAAGGAGAAUGAUGAUAAAUUGAAUAUAAGCCACACAGAAAAAGAGAUAGGAGACAGUAAGGGCUCUGAUAAGCCAGUAAGUGAACUCAGACAAGCUGAAAUUUUGAAAAUUGAUAACCCAGUAUCCACAAUCUCUCAUGAAAGCCUUGACGCCUCUGUGGAUCAUAGUCAACAUGAGAAGGUGAUACAUGCCAACUUGGAUAAACCUGGCAAAGAUCAGAACUUCACUGCCAAGGAACCUAAAUCGAAAUCAUAUGAGAUUUCUCCAUAUAAAUGUUCAGAUGAUGAAGGUGAUGAGGAUGAGGAAGAUCAACCCAUGCGAAAAUUUAUUCCCUCGUGGGCAAGCAAAAGUUGUGUCGCUCUGGUUCUUCCCUUGCAGCAAGAAAUUGAUCCUGACUUCAUUUUCCCCCCAGAAAGCUUCUGCAGUAUGGAUGAAGUUCUCCUCCCUCGGAGGGUACAACAGAAACAAACGGCUCUGUGAGUGGAUUUGUUGGAAAUUUUCAGAAAAUUUUGAGUGGUAUCUUCCAAGUUCUUCACCUAGACAAGGCUUUUGCCAAUCAUCUGGUCAUGAGAUUACAAUGAUGAUGUGCAUAUGGUGUACACUUUACAUACAGUGUGAGAUGAAGUUUUGGGUACUCCACCCACCUCCCUGAAUUGAAGCAUCUGAGAACAUCAAUACUGAGGAAUGCAACAAAAUUGCCCUAGUAAUUUUAAUGUUCUAGUGAUGUUUUAUCAUGAUGCCAAGCAGCAGGUUGUCAGUUGUUUCAGUUAUUACUUGGAAGUCAAAAGAGGGAAUCAUAAUAGCUGCUCUUUUGCGGAAUAAAUACAUGUAAUCUAUUCUCGUGUAACAUCUAGCUACCGUUGUAGGAUUACGAAUAAGAUUUUAGAUGCUAUAACACUGUAACAAGAAUGACCAUGGAAAGGAAUUUAACAAUUCUGUCAAAAUGUGCUUCUUCUCCAACGUGUAAUUUGAUUGUUUUGCUUUUACUAAUAUCAUGGUUUUCAUUAGAGUUA